GCUGAUUUUAAGCCUGUGAUCUGAGCCUUGAGGUGAUUGCUGGUGCACAGCAAAUCGGAUGUUUGGAUGACGUAAGGUUGCGAUUGUGGGCCAUCCCGAUUUUCGACCAAGUUCUUCGUCUUUGUACCACUCACAAGACGACUUGGCAAAGAGGAAUAUGGGUUCAGCACAAGAUCAAUCAGAUUCAACUCACUCGGUCAAAUUAUACGCCUACGAUCUCUCCAAUGGACUCGCUCGAUCGAUGUCACUCGGAUGGACGGGGCGUCAGUUUGAGGCCAUUUGGCACACCUCGGUGGUCUACGAUGACCAAGUAGAAAUCUUCUUCGGUCAAGGAAUUACUACCUGCGCGCCUGGCCAGAGUCAUCAUGGAAAGCCUCUGAAAAUUAUUGAUCUGGGGUCCACAAUGAUUGAUCCUCAAACCUUGAUGGAGUAUAUCGAUGGACUUCGUCAAACUUGGACUGCCGAUGUCUAUCAUUUACUCGAAAAGAACUGUAACAAUUUUUCAAACGAAUUAGUUGGAUUUCUCAAUGGUGCAAGUGUCCCGGAUUACAUUCUCAAUCUACCGCAAGAAUUUCUUGCAACCCCAUUAGGUGCAUCGAUGAGGCCGAUGAUCGAGCAAAUGUUCCGAGGCUCCAAUCCGGCCCCCUUAGCCCCUCAGCUUUCAACCACUUCAUCUGCCCCGAAUCCAGCACAUCUACUGGCGGAUAUUGCCUCUUCGGCCUAUAGCGCUCCCACGGAUACGCCCCUCGUCUCAUGCUCGGCCGUCUCUGCUUUUGAUAGAGAGCUCAGUCAACACUAUUGCGUGGUAGUAAACUUCACCAACGAGAGAGGAUGCCCACCCUGUCGGGUGAUAGCCCCCAUCUAUGAAGAAUUAGCUAGAAAGUAUCAUUCCACUCCGGCCGGAUCAAACGUGCACCACGGCCGCCAGCCCAAGGUGAAAGAUAUCAAAUUCAUCAAAGUUGACACCGCGACCAGCAUGGAGCUAAGCCAGCGUUAUCAAAUCCGCGCCACCCCUACAUUUAAGUUCUUCAUUAACAAAAAAGAGGUUGGAGAAAUGAAAGGUGCUAAUCAGACAGAAUUAGAAACCCAAAUUAAUUUGAUGGUUUACACUGCCUAUCCUCCACAUCCACAUCUGAAACUGCGCCUACCAAAGCUAAAAGCUUUGUCGCCGAGCCCGAUCUUAUACCCACAAGUGUUCAAUUUUGAGAAGGCGUUAAACAAGCUCUUGGACUCUUUCCCUUCAGACAGUAAUAGUCCGCGCGAGGUCAUUAAACAGACGUUCGAAUGGGUGGUCAUUCCAUUUCUGAAUAACAAGACAGAUCUCAACAGUCCUGAUCGCUUUCUUCAAUGGGCCCGGGCAACCACUCAAGUCUUGGACAGUCUGGGUUCCUCCGACAGCUUCCCCGCGCUAGACUUCUUGCGGUUAGCCGUCCUGAGGGAGGAAUAUGUUGACCAACUGUUCAUCUGUCCGCCAGACUCCAACCCACUCUACGAGGCAAUUCGAAUUGGAAACUCACAGAGUCUCAAGGGAACUCAGCUUGCGCGACCAUUUUCCUUGACCCUUCUCCGGCUACUAUCCAAUGGGCUAGGAGCUCCAAAGCUAGCAGAACAGAUGAUCGAGAGGGAGACUCAGAACGAGGGGCAGUUUCUCAGGUUUGUCGUCGGAAGGUUGUUGGACGGCGAUGUUGACGUUCAAGUCUUGGCCUCCGGAGUCUUUUAUGGACUGGUCUCUCGCUGGGCCUCUAUCCGAGUGGAUUGGCAAGAUACUCGACCCGUGGAUCGUGCAGGCUCGGAGGAAGAGUGGGAGGUCGAGUCGAUGAGUGCUUUGGUCGAAAGUCUGGACAGGGAAGCCAAAAAAACUGAGCCGAACUCUGAAAUGAUUUAUCGACUGAUAGCGACGAUAGGAAAACUGAUCUACUUGUCCGAAUCGAGUUCAUCGUUACAAACUCUACUUGAGUCAUUGGGAUUCCAAUCGAUCAUCGAUGGCUUGAUGAAUAACCCUGGACUUUUGAAAGCGAAUCCGGCCAUCAAAGAUCUCGGUAAAGAACUCGAAUCAGUUAUGUCUUCUUAGAGAAACUCCAAUCUUCUGGACUUUAAAAAGACAUUCUCAAUCCUGUUCAAGAUCGUGUUGUUUUUUCUGCUCGUGCUACCUGUGCUUGGAGACCUUUGUAUUACCAUAGAGAGUGCUGGCUUUCAUAGAGUAUUGACUACCGCUAAAUCGUUGAAAUUUUCGAUAUACAUAUAUAUAUAUGAAUACCUCAGUAAGGGAUGAUAAC